ACACGGCUCCCCAAUUCCAGCCUGCGGGAAGACGGGAAGUUUUAAUAAUGCAGCAAGGUGGGAUUUUGGAUGCAGCAACCGCUCGGGCCGCCGCCGGGGCAGGAAAGAGGCCGAGUUGGGGAGCACAGCAGUGACAGCAGUGGGAUCACCGCAGGGCUGCGUGCUGUUCCCCGCACCGUGGCCCCGCAGCUGGAUUCCUCUCGAUUUUGUUUGUUUUUUUUCCCCCCCAUUCCCUUUUUUUUUUUUUUUUUAAAUUAAUUUUUUUUCCCACCCAUCCUAAUUUUUUUUUUUUUUAAUUAAUUACUAUUAUUAUUGUCACUAAUAGAGGGUGGGGUGGCAAUGCCCAUCCCCAGGGCUGGGGAGUCCCCACAGGGGAGUGGGGCCCGCUGGGCGCCGGGCUCCUCCGCCCUCCCUCUGCCUGCCCGCCGCCUCGCCAGCCCCCGCGCCCCGCUUCUCCCCCCUCCUUCCCCGGCUGUGGCAAAUCCUGCACUGCAAGAGAUCCGCUGGGCAUAGGGAGGGGAUCUCUCUGUUGUUGUGUUUUUUUUCCCUCUCCCCCCUCCCUACCCUCCCCCGUCUCCCUACCCUCCACUUGAGACCUGAGGAAAUCCAGCCCAAGUUCUCCGCGAUGACUGCGCUGCUGGCAUCGGGGUUUCUCCGCGGCAUCCCUGCCUCCGGAGCGCCGCGCCGCUGCUCGCUCUGAAUCCUCGGCGCCGGGUGAAAGCUUAAUUCUCAUGCCGUGGUUGCUGGGCUGCCGCUUUCCUGCGUUUUGCCAUGGGAGGUGGAGGAGAAGGGAUUGUCCGUGAGUCAGCGCUGAAAAUGUGAUUAGGAGGAACUGCUUUCACUAAUUUUUGUCUAACCUUUUAGUCCAUGUUGGCCUGUGACCCCUCGCAGCUUUCAGACUGAGCCUGAUUAGGUAAGUGUGAAUUGUUCACUCGGGGCGAGGGAAGGUGGAUGGAAGCGUUUUACUCAGGCACAUAGCAUGGUCCUGGCCCCUCUCCCGAUGAGAAAUGAUGAGAAAGUUGGGCUGUAAACUAAUUGUGAGCAGAGCGGCGCUUGUUUACUUGUUGCAGUCUGUCGGUGCGAGCUGUCUGCAGUCUGUUUGCUCUCCAGGAUCACUACCUGGCAGUUGCUGUGGGACAGCUCGGAUGGCCACAGGCUGUAGGAAACACCGUGCUCUUAUUUGUGAGCUUCAGAGGACUUUUGAUUUUUAAUUUGGAGAGCUCCAUCCUCAAGCUUCGGCACCUUCUCUCCAUUGUUUCACUGCACAUGAAUUACUUCAUUUGCUCCUGCUGUGUUGUGUUAGUUAGUUUGUUUGCUUCCUAAAUAUCUACCAAUCUGCAGUAUUACAACCCAGCCUACCUGUAGCAUUUAGGUGGGCAUCGGCUUUGUAGCUGAGUAAAGCAGGAUGAACCUCCCGAAUCCCAAACAGCACGUUACAGUAGGUGCUGCUGACAGGUGCAAGAGGGUGCCCGGUCCUUGUGCUGGAAAUGCAGCUAGCACUUCAAUUAAGAAGAUAUCUUUUGCAUUUGAUAAAGCUUGUGUAAUAUCCGGUGUCUCCCUCUGUUGUGGCUUUGGAAAAACUGCUUUGUCAACAGGAUCCCUCAACUGCUUCUCCAGGAGUAAAGCUCGCUGCCACUGCUGCUUUCCUUCAGCUAAGGAGAAUGAAUUGCUCCACAUCAGCAGCCCGUCCAAAAUCCCAGUGCUGAAGGAAUGAAUACCCCCUAGGGGUGGAGGGGGCAUGUUUGGCUGUGCGUGUAGGCGAUGCAUAUUGUGCGCUGUGCGUCUGCCUGCCCGCAGACAAGCCAUGCUUGGUGAGUGCUUCCCCUCCUCGAUACAGAGCUGACAUCUCACCUCACUGAAAAGUUUGCUGUGGCACUUUGCCCGGUCCUCCCUGGAGGGGUCAGAACCCACCGCACAGCUGCUGCUCGCGGGGCCGGGCAGUGAUGUGGCACGGCAGGCAGCCAAUUGCACACCCAGGGAUGCAAGGAGCUUCGCUCUGAGCUCAGCCCUGGGGCCAGGCAAAGCUGCUCCCUGUGCUGUGCUGCUGCGCUCCUGAAGUUUUAGAGAGGUUCCAGCCACGAUUCAGCAGCUCUGCACAACACACCGGCAUUUAGCAUCCUGCUCUCAGCAUUUCUCCCAGGGAAGCACUGGAAUGCUGAAUGGUGGAGGAGAAUCGCAUCAUGUGUUCGGUCAGGAUCAUACAGACCUGCUGCUGGCAGCCUAGGCAGCCCCUUCUUCCUAAAUGCUGCAUGUGAAACUCUGCUGCUCCACCUCUCAUACAACGAGUACAAUCCAGCUCCAUCUUCUGUGCUGGAUGCAGAUCUGCCUGCAGAGUGUGCUUCCCUUGUUCUUCAGCCCCCUUCCAAUUGAUGAAGAGGGCUGUGUGCUGCACGGAGGGACAGUGGACACAGCAGGAGGUUAAGGCCAUACUUAAGCUGGGGUUCAAAUCCCUCUGGGUUGUCCAUCCCCAUGCAUCUCCAGGCAGCUGCUCUAACUUCUGUUGCAAGAGAAAACUCUGCACAUGAGGGAAAUAAAAAUGAGGUGAUUCUCUGAGCCACCAUUUGUAUAGAGAUGUUUUGUGAGCACACGCUUACAGAAGUGUGUCUAAUUUAUGUAUUUCGUGUGCUUUAUUCUCAUUACACGUAACUCAGGAGAGGCUUAUUCCAAAUGAAGCAAUGAUAGCUAUCUGCACAGUUUGAAAGCACUGAUUUAUUCUUUCAUGCUGGUUGAAGGUAUAGCCCUUAUUAGUUGAUGUUCUUUAAUACCUUGAGUUCUCAUUUUAAAAUGUUUGCUUUCAGACCACAACACUGGUCUCCUUAUGGAAGCAGCUGUUUCUAUCCGGCCCUGAGAUCCCAUGGAGAAGCUGAGGAGGGGGAUGGCUCUUCACAUCCAUGAAGCCUGGAUACUGCUGUUUGUAAUCCCUGGCUUGGUCACGCCGGCUGCCAUCAACCACGAAGACUACCCCGCUGAUGAAGGGGACCAGACCUCCAGCAAUGACAAUCUGAUCUUUGAUGACUACCGAGGGAAGGGUUGCGUGGAUGACAGUGGUUUUGUGUACAAACUGGGAGAACGUUUUUUCCCAGGGCAUUCCAACUGUCCCUGUGUUUGUACUGAGGAUGGACCUGUUUGCGAUCAACCCGAAUGCCCUAAAAUCCACCCAAAGUGCACAAAAGUGGAACACAAUGGAUGCUGUCCGGAAUGCAAGGAAGUGAAAAACUUUUGUGAAUAUCACGGAAAAAAUUACAAAAUAUUGGAGGAAUUUAAGCCCUCGCCAUGCGAAUGGUGUCGCUGCGAGCCCAGCAAUGAAGUUCACUGUGUUGUAGCAGACUGCGCAGUUCCCGAGUGUGUCAACCCGGUCUAUGAACCAGAGCAGUGUUGUCCGGUCUGCAAAAAUGGCAGGUGGUUUUUUGACAUCCCCAAGAACCAGAGAGGUGCCCCAAUUGGCUCCGUGUGCCUUCAGGAAGUCCUGAAAUGGCCAGAUUUUAAGGUUGCAGUUAAAAACCCUUCAGUCAAAGUCUAUGCAAUAUGCUGAUUGCUUGUGCAGAUGCAAGCUGAGCGUGGCCAACCAAGACGAAGAUGUAUCCCCAUACUGGACCUUGCUGGACUCCACAACUCCAUCCAUAGGUCCUGGAGAAUGAAGCUGGUAGAACAAUGUGGCCGUGUCACGCUUUUGCUCAUGGUGGAUAAAGUAUUUGUGGAAACCAGAUGGAUUUUUGAGCUCUCAAUUGACCCCAUCAGCACCAGCAGCCCAUCCCGAUGGCACACGAGGGGCCGGAGGAGGGAUUUACCCUUCUUCAAGCAGCAUUUGCCCAGCACAUGUGGACAGAGGGAUGCUUCACAGCCUUAUGUGCAGAUGUAGAGCCUCCAUCCUGAAUCAAGAGUCUUCCAUUUUGGACACCAACACGAGUCAGGAGUCUUCUUCCAUUUUUGCAGAGCUUGUAGAAGCUGCCUUAACAUUGUGACAGCAAAGCCCGUCAAGGCUUCAUGCCUAGCUAUGAAAAUCAAUGCUUUUGAAGCUUGAACACGGGAGAAAAUUCCUGCCACUACAAAGGAUGCUUUUUUGAUUGUUUGUCAGCUAAUGUUCUUUGUGUUUACCAGCAGGAACAUAAACUGUGGUGCCCUGUUAGCUCAAUUAAAGGAGCGAUUUGAUUAGCAACCAAGGAAGAAAGGGAUUGAUUUGAAAGCUGGUAAAAGAUCAAGACUGAACGCAAGGCAGCAUAUUUGGGCUAGGCCAUGAUUGACCUGACAAAAUACUUCAAUGCUUACAUUACUGUUUGUUUAAAAAGGAGUUAUUUCACUGAAAUUGAUUUUCGGUGGUGUUUGUUCUCCUCCAUUACUUGGGGCCAAGAGUUUAAAGGCAGACAGAUGCCAAACUUUCUGAUGAGAGUGAAGUGCAGAGGUAUCUAUGAAGCCCUCAGUUGGUUUUGAAAGUCUCACACAGUUGGAUUUUCCAGCUAAUUCAGGACUGUGAGCUGCACCCUGUGGACACAGCUGUUGGAAGCCAUCUAGAACUGGUGAAGAGCUUUGGAUAAACCUUCCAAAACUUGCCAUCGGCAGAGUUGGGUUGCAUGUACCACGUCCUGAAGCUUAGAAGGAGACGGUAGGAGCUGAAAGCUAUCCUGGAUUUGUACCCAGGAUCCUAAACGUGUUCCCAUGUCUUCCAGCGCCCUGAAUGGCAGGAUGGUGGGAAGCUGUUAGCUGGAUGGGACUUGCUCCAAAGCUCUUGCGAAACAGACACAGAUCACGGAGGUGUGGGAAGUGUAUUAUACGUGGCCUGUAUUGUUCUUCAAACUGAGAUGGUUGUAAAGAAGCACCUGCUUACCCCUUGGGGAAACAUUGCUGGGAUUUGUGUGCACAAGUCUGCAGCAGCAGCAGUUCAAGAUCCACUAUCGUCAUAGUGGUAUUUUGUAGAGGAGGGGAUGGGUUGGUUGGGUUUUUUUGGAGAAGAAGUCUGACAUUGGGAACCAGUGGCAGAGCACAAGCUGGAUGGACAGUACUGAAAUUCAAGCAGGCGUGGUUAUUGCAGGUCCCCAUCUGAUUGAAUUCCAGGUGUAACACAGAAGACUAAAAAUGAUGUUUUUGUCCAAUUACAUUGCUGUGAACCAUUUUGCUGCAAGAGAAACCCACAGCCAGGUCCCGGGUGUGUGGUACUAGGUGUAACCCCAGCAGAGGAGCUGACUCACAUUUACUCCCACUGAGGAUCUGACCUGCAGCAGCUAAUUUCUCUGGGUGACUCACAGGCAAAUUGCAGAAGACUGGGGUGCUUUGCAUGGUCAGACUUUCUAAAAGGAUUAGAGAUGGUUUUGCUUUUGCUGCUCUGGAAGGUUGGGCUUAUUAGGCAUAUCUGUAUGAGAAGAGAGGCAUGACACUGUCUUCAUGUAUUUCUAAUUUAAUGAAUGUUUAAUGCUUCUUUUAUUGGAGCCAACAUAUAUGUGGAGUAGGGGACUUUAACAAGAGGUUGACUCACGUCAAAUAAUUGAUGUUUGAGCUGCUCCUUUUACAUGAAAUGCAGACUUUACAGAGCAGAGAGACUGAAAUGAAAAUAUGAAUUAAAGAUUAGAGCCAAGCAAGUGCAAGAAAACUUAGAAUUCAGAAAGAAGUUUUCUUCUCCUGCUUCCCUCUCCUUCCCUCCACCUUCUCAGCUGUCUCAGUCCUCUCUGCUCCAUUGGUAGGGUCCCCAUCUCACCCACAGCCUUCUGACUCUUCCACACCUCCACAUCUCUACAAAGGAGAUCAGUGCAGUAAUCUCGCUCUGGAUAUUCCGCUGUAUUUGCACAUCAUCCUGGCCUGUUACACUCAGCAGCCAGUUUGGCCGGAGGGUUUAGGAAAUACUUGCAAAGUGCAUUUUUCUUCUUCUGUCUCUCCCUGAUUCGCCAACAGAGUGCAUUUUGUGGACAGAGUGAAAAGAAGUUUGUGAGUUUUGUGGAACAGUUUGUCGGAGGGGCCCACAUGUUGUUACAGCACAUCCUGGUGUGGGUGAAAGAGCAUUAUUUGUAUGUGCUGGACACACUGCUUGUGCUGCCCAGAGAAGCCCAGCUGUGCCAUCAGACACUGCUGGUCCCUGUUGUCCAGAGAUGCCCUUGAACAUCAACAUCCAUUUCCUUCCACCCCCUUGUACUCAUGCUCCACCUCUCUUUGUGCUCUUGCUUUGCACCAGGGUGUUCACCCUCUCAGUGCAGGUGUUGGGAGCUCAGUGCUGCAGCAUAGGUUGCAAAGAGCUUGGCUGGCUGAGGGUAAUUACUUGGUGGCUUUUUUUCUGUUUGCAUUUAGAAAACCCUUGUACUGCGUUGAUCAGAAUUUAUACCUAAGGUUGAAGAGCUCAGGCUUAGUCAUCAGCAAAUAAAAGCCCAGAGGAAGAGAGAAUCGUGCUGUUUGCUUUGGCUGGUUUUGUUGGUGUGGCAUGGUUCCUCCUGCCCCACUAACAGAACAAAAUAAGGGAUGUGAGUAAAGUAAGGUAAAGUAAGUAAAGUAAUAAAGUAAGGGCAGUGAGUUCACCCACCGUACCCUAAUCUUCAGCACUGUGUGCGGGGGCUCCCCUGGUUUAUCCUUUCUAGAUAAACUCAGGGAUGUGCUCAUCCCAUUGAUACCCAGGAUUGCCACAAGGAAUUCAGCAUGUAGCUCAAAGGUACGGUACAAUCCCACAGCUAAUGUAAAUGGAUGUAUCUCAUUCAACAUAAAAUAAGCCACGUUUUCCUCCCAGUUGAAAAUGUUCUGUGGCAGCAGUUUUGUUCUGGUAGAGAAGCUCAGAGCUCUUAGAGUAAAUAAAGCAGGAGCUGAUGUUACCAAAGCCAAAAGCCCCAGUGUCACAUGCAGGGUUGUAGUGUGAGAGAUGGGUCUGCACACACAGAGUUCUCCAAGAUGCUUCCAUGCUCAGGCUUUGACUGCUGGGUCUGGUAGAGAGUAUAAGAGGAGGAAGGGGAUGUGCUGGCCAGAAAAUGCUGACUCACGGCAGCAUGCCUGGGAAAGAGGCCAGUGAUAGCAGACUUGCUGUUCUUACUCUUAAAAAGGUUGGGGGGGGAAAAAAAAACUUGGUGUGAGCCCCCAUUUUAAUGCUUCCAGAAUGAACCGACUCUAACCUUGGGAGAAUGACUGUCCAUACAGAUCUUUAUCAUAGAAUCACAGAGUGGUUUGAGUUGGAAGAGACCCUUAAAGGACACAUAGUCCAACUGCCCUGCAGUGAGCCAGCCCUCGACAGGGGAGGGAUAUAGACCAUUUCAGAUAAGGAGGGCAAAGGGGCAGGGACAUUUUUGAUGAUGGAUUAUUUCAGAUAACCUGCUUUUUUAAACCAAAAAGUAAAAGUGAGAAAAGAAUAGCAGAGAUCUCAAAAGUCCGAUUUUGAUGUGAAAACAUCCUUCCUCUCAUCCUCACCCAGGUAAGCACUGAGAACCACAUGGAACUGAAGCACCCCUGGGUGGUGGCCUGUGCUCAGGGUUAGCUCCAUAUGGACCACUGUGCAAAUGCCUGGGGCAUGCUGGGGGAGGCAGAUGGAGGAGCCCUUGUUCAGCACUGCAUUGGUUCUCCUGUGCCUCAUGACUGUGGGUCGGUGUGUCUGUCUAGGCUGCUUUUUUUCUGCCUUGUGAAACCCAAACAGCAUCAUGCUCUCGUGCCACCCCUCUCAGCUCUUAGCACAGCCAGAAAAGGCUGCAAAGGCAGGAGAGGAUCCCACACCGGCUCCUCUGCCUGCAUCUGAGGAAUGUGUCGCAGCCAUCAAGCACAGCUUUCAGGUGCAGUGCUCCAAUUUCCUAAGGGCUGAGGAACCAGAAGAGCCUCACCGUGUGAUCUCUGACUCACCACAGCCACCGCUGACAUCCCAGGGGCUCCUUUGCAUGUAGAUUAAUUACCUGCACGGCUUCAUGGCAGCGUCCCGAUGCGUCAUCCCUCAUCUACAGCUGGCAGUGUAGGCACCGGCCCCUUCCUACACCUGCCAUGGUGUCCCAGCUUGGAGCAGGGGCUGCUGGCAAUUAGGGCUGGGAUUGAUCUGGUGCUGGCUGAUGAGCUGCAGGAGGUGUCUGCAAGGCACUCGUUCUCCCUGUGCUGCAAAGAGAUAGAUAAUAUUUGGUUGCUUUUCAAGCUGCGUUGAAUGAAAAAAAAAAUAUGUAUAGAAGUGUAUUACAAGAACUGUCAAACAGUAAUUAUUAAGGACUUGGAAAACUGAUUAGGAAUGGAAACCUGUCUGCCCUAACAAUAACAAAUUUGCUGUUUUGCACCAGAACCUCAUCUUUUCACAGCUCCCCCCAGAGAGCCAAAUUGGGUUUUGGCUGUGAGUUUUUGACAAGCUCUGUCCCAGAUCUCUCAGACUAAGGGGCUGAGAAGUGUGGAGGAGCUGGGCUUGGAUCUAUCAGUGCUCCCUAGGGCCUCAUCUUGAGUAGUUUCCCCCAUACCUGAAGGAUUUUGACCCCAGAUGCUGGCUUGAGAUCCGCACGUUGGUCUACCAGGGAAGCAAAGGUUUCCUCACUGACACCAAGGGGGUGGCGGGGUCACCAUCCCUGGCAGUGUUGAGGAACCAUGGAGAUGUGGCACCAAGGGAUACAGUUCCACGGGCAUGAUGGGUUGGGUUGGGAUUGGAUUUGGGGGUCUGAAAGGUCUUUUCCAACCUCAGUGAUUCUAUGACUAUGAAAGUCACCAUUGAUAUUCCCAAUCCUCACAAAGAUAGGCAGCUUAUGCAUCAACAUUUUACUUCUUUUGGGUGUUCUUAAUCAGCUUGUGCCAGUAUAAACCCAUUUACCUGCCCCCUAGUGUCAGUCUGCCCGUAAGCUCUCACAAGACCUGUCCUGAUUAUGGUCCAUAAAGAUAAGAAUGCUCCAGAAAGGAAGCAUCCUCCCCCAAAACAACACGUGGGAGACAGAUGCUGAUGGGAGUCAGGGGGAUAAAGAGAUGCUGUUUGCUGAGUUUUCCCAGGACUGGCUGUAGCAGCACGUGGUUCUGCUGCCUGAUGGCUCACAUGCAGUGCAGUGGUUAAGAGCCCCAUUCUGCAGCCUUUGUGCCCAGCUCUGCCAGCCCUCUGUGUGUGCGGGGCUCAGCCCAGCUGCCCCACAGCACCAGCCAGCUCCCAGCCAGUCAAGCAGCACCACCACCAGCAGCAAAGAGCUCACAACUUCCUUUUCUCACUCAUCGCCGUGGUCAGUGGGUUUUAAUUAAGGGGGGAAGAAAUGUGUUGCUUUUCAGCUGUGGAGGCACAGGGGGAGUUGGUGGCGGCAUAAAUAGGGAGCAGGGGGAGAGGAGGAAGGGAAGGGGUGGGCAGCGAGGGCAGAUGGCUGAAUUGGCUCUAUUUGGAUGGUGGUGUGCAUCCUUUCUCCGUUUAUUCCAGCGAGUACAAAAACAUCACAAGAUGAAGCUCCUUGGGCAGGCGGUGCGUCCCAGCUGCAGGAGGGAGGGGUGCUGUCUUCAAAACAAAUAUUUUGCUGGCUUUAUUCAGAGAUUAAAGCUCUUUCUGAGGCAGCGGCGUUGUUUACUGCAGCCCUCUGAGCACUGACUUUCUUACUGAGAUGGCUGCGGAGGAAUAAGGAGAAAAUAAAAACAAAAACAAAUGGAAAGAGAAGGCGAAGCCAAACAAAUAGACCAACUCCUGGCACUGGCAAGUUUUCAUCUUCCAAGGUCAGCUGUGAUUUCAUUUGGAAAGUGCUUUGCUCUUUUUAGCAGCCUUGGCGAUGGCAGCCGUACGUACAAAGGACCAUCUGGAAACCUGCUCCCAACUUCAGCAGGCAGCGCGUCGCUUUGCCUCCACACCCUGUUUGCUUGCUGGCUCCCUUCAGCUUCCAUGUGUAGCCCUGAUGUAGUACGUGCAGACUCCUCAAGCUUCCCCAGCAGUUCCUUCCUUGCUUUGGUUUAGCAGCCCUCCACCAGAUCUCGAUUUGGGGGAUAUUUUUUCCCCCCUCGUGUUAUUUCACGCCAUCGUUGAGCACAGCUUUUGCUACGUGCAUUCAGGAGUACAAGAGCAUGUUUCAUUUUCCAGAUUAGAAAAUGCUCAGAGGUAUAAUCAGGUCCUUCCACAGUAUUUAAUUAUCCAUAAUUAAAGGCAUCUACACAAAGCACCGGAUUUUCAAAGACUAUUCUUGUGUUACAUUGCUAAUGAAUUAAGUAAUUAAUUGGCAUUGAAAAAAUACAAUAGGAAACAUCAAUCUUUUAAAGCGAGGCAUUUUUAGGGCGUUUUGUAAAAUCAUUAAGUUGUAUCAGGUCAGUAGUUGUUCUAACGUCUAAAUCCCACUUCUGGUUUUAAAUAAGAGGAAUGCAAAGGAAGACAAGGCGGGGAAGGCUUUGCUAAUAGUCAUUCCCAGUUGCUACUUUGCAGCGCAAAAUAACCGUCCUGUCCUGUCAGGCUGGAAUAAUAUCACAUGGCAUCUGCUCGAGUAUGAAAGCCCACAUAGAUUGCGGUAAUGCAUUUGUAGUGGCACCUAGAAUUAUUAGCAGAGGAAAGCACAAUCCUUUUCCAUUUGAUGAUUUAGUUAAAUGCAACCAUUCACAUGCAAAACCAGCUCUACUCAUUUUUAUUAGCAACCUGACUCUUUGCAGGGCACCGCUAGGAAGCAUUGUGAAGAAGCCAUGGAUACCAUUACAUUCAGGAGGCAUAAUGGGCCCUCAGAAGAGCAAAACCAGGGGUCAAGAGCAUGGGUUGAAGCACGAAGGCAUUUUUCUACCAGCUGAACCAUCCCUACCAAAUAUCCACGUUUCAAUGGUGCUGUGUUUUUCUUAUGGGAGACGAAGGCUGUCUCAGAGCACACAAUUCCUGAAGCCCUUUCACCUCUCAUACUGCCAAGCAACCACUGCCAAACCAAUGCAUGCAGCAGCGCUACUAUCUGCCUGAGCUGACCACCUUGACUUCUUCAUCUGAUGUUGGGUUAAGUUGGUUUGAUUACGCAUGUAAUGAGCAACUCAGCAAUCCCACUUCCUGUAUUCCUCCUGUUCCAGGUUGUAGAAGGCUUGUUUUGUCUGAAAUUAGCACAGUCACAGUUUUCCACCUCAUUUUAUGACUGAUAUGGCAAAAAAAAAAGAAGCCAUAAAACAUCAUGCACAGCUGUAGUGACCAAGUUAGAUUCAAUUCUGGCUUUAUAUUGAUUUGACACGCAGCCAGCUCUCCCCCGUACAUCAUCCCUGAUUGCAGUUAAGGAUGAAAUACUGUUUUAAUUCUUACACCAAAUGUGGCUUUUUUUCCACAGGAAAAAAAAAA